AUGACUGUGAUGGUUGGGGAGAAUAUGGACGACGCUUCUGCUUUGCCAGGCCACCCUCAGGACAGCUAUCGGCCUGGCGCUCAUGAUGACCAUGAAUGUUGUGAGAGGGUUGUGAUCAACAUCGCUGGCCUGAGGUUUGAGACCCAACUAAAAACUCUUGCCCAGUUCCCCAACACCUUACUAGGUAACCCCAAGAAACGCAUGCGAUACUUUGAUCCACUGAGGAAUGAAUACUUCUUUGACCGGAACCGGCCCAGCUUCGAUGCCAUCCUCUAUUACUACCAGUCUGGAGGGCGGCUUCGUAGGCCUGUCAAUGUGCCCUUGGACAUGUUCUCUGAGGAGAUCAAGUUCUAUGAACUGGGAGAGGAAGCCAUGGAGAAGUUCCGGGAAGAUGAAGGGUUCAUCAAAGAGGAAGAGAGGCCCCUACCCGAAAAGGAAUACCAGCGCCAGAUAUGGCUCCUCUUCGAGUAUCCUGAGAGCUCCGGGCCGGCCCGGAUCAUUGCCAUCGUCUCCGUUAUGGUGAUUUUAAUCUCCAUAGUCAUCUUUUGCCUGGAAACUUUGCCAGUAUUGAAAUCGCCUAGCAGGGACUAUACAGGACCUCUAAACCUCAGCGACAACUCCACCAUGCCGCACAAGUUUAACAUCUUCACUGACCCUUUCUUUGUCGUGGAAACCCUGUGCAUCAUUUGGUUUUCCUUUGAGUUGGUGGUGCGUUUUUUUGCAUGCCCCAGCAAAGCCGAGUUCUUCAAGAACAUCAUGAACUUCAUUGACAUAGUUGCUAUCAUCCCUUACUUCAUCACUCUGGGCACAGAGAUGGCUGAGCAGGAGGGGCCCCAAAAGGGGGAGCAAGCCACCUCUUUGGCUAUCCUGAGGGUCAUCAGACUGGUAAGAGUCUUUCGAAUCUUCAAACUCUCCAGACACUCUAAGGGCCUGCAGAUUCUGGGACAGACCCUCAAGGCGAGCAUGAGGGAGUUAGGGUUGCUUAUCUUUUUUCUCUUCAUUGGGGUGAUUUUGUUCUCUAGUGCGGUGUAUUUUGCUGAAGCGGAAGAACCUGAAACUCAUUUCGGCAGCAUCCCCGAUGCUUUCUGGUGGGCAGUGGUUUCCAUGACCACUGUGGGAUAUGGUGACAUGUACCCUGUGACAAUUGGAGGCAAGAUAGUUGGCUCCUUGUGUGCCAUCGCUGGUGUGCUGACAAUUGCCCUGCCUGUACCUGUCAUUGUGUCCAACUUCAACUACUUCUACCACCGAGAAACAGAAGGGGAAGAACAGGCUCAGUUGCUUAAAGUUAGCUCUCCUAAUUUAUCUGACAGUGACCUGAGUCGCCGUAGCUCCUCCACAAUCAGCAAAUCUGAGUACAUGGAAAUUGAAGAGGAUAUGAAUAAUAGCAUAGACAAUUUUAGAGAGGCUAACCUCAGAACUGGCAACUACACCAUAGCCAACCAAAACUGUGUUAAUAAAAGUAAGCUGCUCACAGAUGUUUAA